GGCAGUUCUCCACGUGACUUGGAAGCGGAAACAUACUAGAUUUAAAAUGGAUCCGAAAGAUCUUGAUCCACUGUACUACAACCCGGAGAUCAUAAUUGAUACGGUUGCAUUGAGUCAGCGUGUACGUCAUUAUCUGACCUACAAUCAGAUCAAGUGGGAGAGGUUUGGCAGACUCGUCCUUGGAAUAGGACAAGCUCGACUUUCUGUAUUGCUCGGGCAUCCUAAACCAUGGUCUGCUCUACGACUCCGAGUAAAAACUUACUAUCAGAGGAUGUUAGAAUGGAUGGAUACCAGAGCCACCUAUGGAAGUAACCCAUACAUGAAGUACAGGGAAAAAAAGCUCAAGAGAUUGAUUAAACCAAAGAAGAAGGUUCCGGUUCAACGUUUCCGCGGAUUGUUUCAGUGGGACACAGGGAGAUCGGAGAUGGAAAUGCAAAAUGCAAUUGAUUAUCUUUCGAGAAUGAAUGAAGUUCAACAGGGUUUACAAAAUAGUGGAUCAAACAGUGAAGACACCUUGAACAGUGGGACCAGUGGAUAUAAUACUCAAACCAUUCCUCAGCUGCACGAAGCUAACAACAUCGACUUCUCUUUUAGUUCAGAUGAGAAGGAUCUGACUGGAAUGGAACUUGAUGUUGAAGAUGAUAACGAUGAGAAUAUAUUGACAGAUCUAGCCGCAGAUCUGGACGAUAUGGUCAACAAGAUGGAUCUACCAGAAUUAGCGGAGAUAGAUAUGGAUAUUCUAAAUCCUGAAAAUUUGCUCUAUAAAUAUCCAGGUUUAAGUAUCACACGAGUAGAACCGGUAACAACGUCUCACAAUCAAGUCUCAGCUUCACAUUAUGAAGAAUCUACCUCAGAUUCUCUUUGUGAAAUCAAAAUUACUGGAACUCAAAGUAUUGGAUUGAACGAUAUGUUCCGGGUAAGUAACGACUCCUACUCAAGCGCUAAUGAGUUUGACCUGAGUGCUUACAACAUAGACCCUUCUACAGGUUCAUAUAUAGUCUCGGCUCCGGAGAAGGAAAUAUAUCAAGCUUCAGGAUCCUUUUUUUAUCCUCAAGGUUCUGCUUCUGGCUCACACACAGAUUAUCCUCCGGUUCCACUCAGAGAUCCUGAUUCCUAUAGUGACUCAGUUCCUUGUUACUUACAAGAUACAGUUUCCGGUUCCUUGAGUAUUCCUGCACCCGGUUCUUACCUAGAUCAUAAAUCCAGCUCUGGAGGGGAUAGUGCAGUAACAGUGCAGGCUGCCCUUAAUGAUUAUUAUCAUGUCUUGUAACUGGAGAUACGAAAUAUCAAAGUUCCAAGAUUAAAUAGCAGAUUAAGAAUGAACUAAAUUCUUCGGAAGUUUUUGUAGUGAAUAUCUUUAUUCAAUUUUCAGCUUUCAUUCAGUAUCCAACAUUACUCUCUAACAUGUAGUGAAUAGUUUAUUUCAAUUUUGCGGACAUUCAAAAUUUUUUCCUCGUUAAUUAGAACUUAUUUUAAUGAUUGAUUUUA